CGGAAAACUCAAGUUGUUAGCUACGAACCCAGUAUGUGAGAUUAAUGCUUUUAUAGAUAACAUACACCAUGCAGUGCGAACACCGAUUGCGUGUACUGUUUACCCAUAAGCAGCGCUGUGUACACUGUCUGUACAUGAUGGAAACUCUGCUAAAGUAAAAAAGAAGACUUCUCUUAACCCCAACCAUUAACCAAGGCGGAUACAUCUACAUUAGUUCAAAAAAGCAGAAAUGGAGCAGUUAUCAGACGCUGAUCAGUGUGCAGUUGAGGAACUUUCCAAGCCAUCAGAAGCAGAAGGCAGUGGCAAUGGAUCAUGCACAUCCACCGAGGGCACCGCAGGUGACCCCAGCAUCAAACAGUCACCUUUGGGCAAAAGAAAGCGACCUCAGGAGGAAGAGGAUGAUGAGGAAUCCCCCUCUAAGAAACUGGUCACAGAGGAGGGGCAUCACAGCAAGAAAGUGGCUUCCCACUAUAACUCGCUGCAGGAGUGUGGUUUAGCCGAGCGAAGUAGGAGCAGAAUUGUCCACAUGCGGAACUUCAACAACUGGCUGAAGAGUGUCCUCAUAGGUGAGAUCCUGGAUAAGGUGCGUCAGCGCCAGAGAGAGGUGUCUGUGCUGGACCUGGGCUGUGGGAAAGGAGGAGACCUUCUCAAGUGGAGGAAGGGCCACAUCAACCGACUCGUCUGUGCAGACAUAGCAGCUGUGUCGGUGGAACAGUGUCAGCAGCGCUACAAUGACAUGAGGAGGAAGUGUCACCCCAAUGAGCGAAUAUUCUCCGCCGAGUUCAUCACAGCCGACUGCACCAAGGAGCUGCUGUCAGAGAAGCUGUCGGAUGAGAGUCUUCAGUUUGAUGUGUGUAGCUGUCAGUUUGUGUACCACUACUCAUUUGAGACCCAGGAGCAAGCUAACACCAUGAUGCGCAAUGCCUGUGAGAGGCUCCGGCCCGGGGGCUUCUUCAUCGGCACCACACCCGACGCCUAUGAAUUGGUAAAGCGUUUAGAAACAUCCGACACCAACUCGUUCGGGAACGAGGUGUACAGAGUCACUUUCCAGAAGAAAGGAGACUACCCUCUCUUUGGCUGCCAGUAUGACUUCAAUCUGGAGGGUGUGGUUGAUGUCCCAGAGUUCCUUGUCUAUUUCCCAAUGUUCGAAGAGAUGGCAAAGAAGUACAACAUGAGGCUAGUGUACAAGAAGACCUUCCAUGAGUUUUUCCAAGAGAAAAUUCAGAACGAGCAGAAUAAAUCCCUGAUGCAGAGGAUGGGGGCACUGGAGCAAUACCCAGGUGGUGAUGGGGGUAAGCUGGCUUCUGAUAGGCCAGAGGAGUAUGAGCACGCCAAGAUGCACUCUGAACAAGAAAACACCAGAAUGCCACUGGGAACUUUGAGCAAGUCUGAAUGGGAGGCCACAAGCAUAUACCUGGUGUUUGUGUUUGAGAAAAUGUCCUGAAAAUGGAAGAGCUCGACAAGUGGAUGAUGCAAGAGGACUGUACUGAUUUAAUUUUUCUUUUCUUUUAAAAAAAGCAGCAACUUUUCUCUUUUCUUCUUUAGUUGAUGUAUUUGGCUUGUACAAAGAUUGUCUGCACAGUGUUUACCUCGAAGAGAUGGGGUCAAAAACAUUUUUGUACGAAAGCCAUUGUUUUUUUGUGUUUUGGAUUAUGGUUAAGAUCAUGACAUACCUCAAAUGACGAUAAAUAGCAAAUAUACUGUAUAUGUAACUUUCGCAUGUGUAUGGCAUAUGACACACACACACACAAAAAUCACACAAAAUGUAACUCCUUUGAGCACCUCUAUGCUACCAACAUCAAUGCUGUGAGUCAUGUUCAGCUGAUGCUCAAAGACGUAGCAAAAAUCUUUUGAAAUCGUUACUGAUUGCGCAGUACGCGCUCUGGGCACGCCACAUUAAAAUCAAAGCAAACCUAUAUGCUUUGUUGCGAAUCAGCAAAUGGUAAACACACAACGUGGUGGAGUGUGAGCUGCCCUCGGCCAUUUAUCUCAUGGUAUCUCAUGACCGAGUGCAUUUUCCAUGGUCAUCAUGAAGUGGCCCGUCUUCGUCAGAGCCACAUAUUUGUUUUCUAUGUCAGGACAUAAACGAGAUUGUGAAUAAGAAACAUGUCUGGGCUUCAUUUCAAAGGAUGUGUUUGAUGCCUCUAAUGUGUUAGUUGUUUUCCAGGGUUUAUUGACUGUAUGUAUGUGGGAAGUGGGAUGACCUUGCUAACAGGUAAAUUCAAAAACAGUGUUUUGUAGAUGUACGUCAUUAGACUGUCAAGAUCCAAUUAAAUGACUAAUGCCAUUUAAUAUACCA